CACACGCCGGGACGCACGCGUGUAAACAGGAAGCUGCUCCGGCUUUGUAGUUUUUUUAUGUUUUAAUAGUUUUUAAAGAAGAAGAAGAAGAAGAAGAAGGAGAAAAUGGGGAAAAACAACAAAAACCAACUCGGGUCGAAACGGAGAGAGAACAGAUGCGUGGUGUCGUUCAGCGAGGCGGACAGGCAAGAGUAUCUGACCGGGUUUCACAAGCGCAAGGUGGAGAGGCGGAAGAUAGCCGUGGAUGAGAUCAAGAAAAAAAUCAAAGAGGAGCAGAAGAGAAUGAGAGAGGAGGUGAGGAGAGAUUGAGCAGCAGCGCGAUCCAGUCCUGCUUUUGCUAGGAAGGAGGCCGGUGAGCUGGACCAUCUCGUCACCUCGACUGCGGAGACCGUCCAGUACGACCACCCCAACCACACCGUCACCGUGACGACCGUCAGCGACCUCGAUCUGUCGGGAGCCGGCUGGCUCGGCAAGCCAGCCAGUCAGGAGGCUGGAGAGAGGGAUGGAUUAGGAGGAGAGGGAGAGGGGGAUGGAGGAGAGGAGAAGAGGACUGAAGGGGACUCGGAGAAACCGCCCUGCACCGUCCCCAAAAAAUCAGGGGACCCCAUCCUGUCCCAGAAGCUCUCCUCUCUCACAUCCUCUCUCCACUCUCGCACUCAGUCGAAGGGGAAGGGGAGAGGGAAAGGGAGAGGGAGGGGGGAGAGAGAGGGGGGGGACCAGAACAAGAAGGGGAUCCAGCGCGGGCGGGGGGGGCGCACCAGCAAGUCCCAGCGACGCAAACGAACUGGGAGAGCCAGGCAGCACUGUGCCUGAGAGAGAGAGAAGAGGAGAGAGAGAGAGAGAGAGAGAGAGAGAGAGAGAGAGAGAGAGAG